CACCUCAAAUCUAUGAUAAGCCCGCAUAAAGUAGUCAUCAACAAAAGAAAACAACAACAAAAACCUUAAAAUUUUGUGUCUACUUUUUGAUUCACACACAAAAUAUGGAUUUUGAUUCUUCAUUAUUCCAAUACCAAUUCCAAAACCAAAACCUUAACACUUCCUUUUCAAACUCCUCUGUUUUUUCAGAAUCCUUUUCAUGGGAUGAUUUCUUUUUCUUCAAUGAAGACAACAACAAUAACAAUAACAAUAAGAUAACCUUUCCUUUGAACUUCAAUGACCAAACCUCACAAAUCAAAGAAUCAUCAUCUUCAUAUUCAAAUUCCAACACUUCAGGCUCUCAAAUAAGCAAUGAAUCACAAGAAGUUUCUUCCACUUCAACUCACUUACUAUCAUCAUCAUCACCUAAUGAUGAAAGUAAAAGACCAUACAGAGGAGUUAGGAGAAGACCAUGGGGAAAAUUUGCAGCUGAAAUAAGAGACUCAACAAGAAAUGGUGUUAGAGUUUGGAUUGGUACAUUUGAUACAGCUGAAGCAGCUGCUUUAGCUUAUGAUCAAGCUGCUUUAUCAACAAGAGGGUCAAUGGCAGUGUUGAAUUUUCCUGAACAAGUUGUGAGGGAAUCAUUGAAAGAUAUGAUGAAUAAUAAAUCUUGUGAAGAUGAUCAUGAUCAUGGUUCUUCUCCUGUUUUAGCACUUAAAAGGAAACACACUUUGAAAAGAAAAUCUAAGGCAAGUAGUAACAAAAAGACCAAAAGGGAUGAAAUUCAAAAUGUUAAUGUUUCACAAAGUGUGUUGGUUUUGGAAGAUUUGGGUUCUGAAUAUCUUGACCAACUUCUUAGCUUGACUUCUUCUUCUCAAAUCAUUUGCUAGUAGUUUUCUUAAUUUGUUUGUUGAGUUUUUGUUUUUAUUAUUUUUCAUUAAAUGUUAAUUAAUUCUUUUAUGACUUUAUAGAUUUUUGGCAUUGAUCACCAUUCUUUCCUUUUCAUUCCCUUUGUUGGUUUUUUCUUUCAUUGUAUUGGAAAAGUCAAUAGAGAGAGAAGAGAAGAUAUAGGAAAGAAUCCAAUUGUGUAAAGUUUGCCUCUAUGAAACAUUUCACAAACAAUUAUAUUGUUGAAAAGUUUGAAUUAUGUGUUUUUAUAAGCUUUCAAAA